AGCCCUGGCUACAGCAGCUGACGCCAAACAAACAAUAAUAAAGGGCAAAUUUGCUUAAGAUUUAAACAAAUUGUACAAAUUCGCAAAAAUGGCAAUGCUUUGCCGAACCUGUGGCCAACAAGUGCAUGCUUUAAAUUCCAAGCAUUUGUUUGAUGAAGAUGGCAUGGAAAUUAUCCGAAAUAUUAAGAUUCUAACGGGCAUUUUGAUAACUAGUCAAGCAGAUAUGCCAGAAAAUAUCUGUGUAAAUUGCCUAUUGGAUGUAAAUAAUGCUAUUGAAUUUCGGGAACGUUGCAUCCAGAUGCACAACCAUUUGCUAGAGCAGUACACAAAAGAUGCCAUGGAGCAUAAUAAACUGGAAAGGGAACCUUCAAUAGGCAUAGAGGAUGAGCAAGAUACAAAAGAGACGCAAAUUGAAGAUUACAAUGACUUGAUAUAUGAAGUGGAUGAGAAGGAGGAUGAAUUUCUAAUCUGUUCUCCCGCUGCCCAAUCAAUUCACGAAGUUAGUGGAGAAGAUGAUGACGAUGAACCACACAUGACUGCAGAAGACUAUGCCUUGAUAUACGACGAAGAAGUGCACGAAGAAGAGGUGAGAAGUCAGGCAUCACCUGCUACUUCAAUAUCCUCCAAUUCCUUACAAGUGCCCGGAUUCCGCCCACGAAGGCGUAUACCAUCAAGUGAACGAAAACCUCCACCAAAACGCAAAAAACCAACAGAGCCGUUUUUCUGUGACCAAUGUGGUAAAUCCUUUUGGGAAAAAGGUAAUCUUGUUGUCCAUAUGAAACGACAUGAUGCCAAGAAAUACGAGUGUCCAGAAUGUGGACGAAAAGAAUUUACUGCCCAUCUCCUGAAUUUACAUAUACGUAUCAAACACAAAGGAGAAUUGCCCUAUGAAUGCAAAUUCUGUGGCCAGCGAUUUGAUAAUAGUUUGAAGCGGCUUAAACAUGAAAGGGUUAUUCAUAUUAAGUAUGUAUUUCCGCGUCCAUAUAAAUGUCAAAUAUGCGACAAAAGUUUUAAAGAUAAAACCUCAUUUGCUAAACAUGGUUCUAUACAUUCGGGUGAAAAACCACAUCAAUGUGAGGUUUGUCAGACUUCUUUUAAUCAGAAAAGAACAUUGGUAAAUCAUUAUCGUAGUAAGCAACAUAUAAAAAACUAUGAGGCGCAAAAAAAAAGAUUAAGUUAAAACAAUAAAAUAUAUCUUAAGUUUUAUAUAUGUUUUCUAUAUUUUUAUGGGCUAUCGAUUAAUGUAUGUAAUAAAGGAAAGAAAUUACAACAUCAUAA